AAAUAUCAGAAAAUACUGGAUCAUGUGAGAGACGCCAUUCUGGCUACGGACUUAGCCCAUCAUUUGAAAAUUCUGCCCAAAUUGAAGCAAUUGGCUUCUGAAGGUUACCAACCCUCCAAUCCAGUACAUCAUAAUUUAUUGGUUUGCCUCCUGAUGACCUCUGCUGAUCUCAGUGACCAAUCAAAGGACUGGAGCAAUGCCAAGAUUGUUUCCGAGCUGCUGUAUCAAGAGUUUUUCCGACAAGGAGAUCUAGAAAAGGCACUUGGUACGACGCCUGCACCCUUUAUGGACCGCGAACGAGCAUGUAUUCCAGAACUGCAGAUCUCCUUCCUAGACAGCAUCGCAAUCCCGUGUUUUGAGUGA